GGAAAUUGAAGGUAAGGUGUAUAAAGCGCAUGUAAAAGAAAAGGAAGAAGCGAAAAGAGUGUAUAAUGCAGCAGUUCAAGGAGGACUAGCGGCAGCACAUGUGGCUCUAAGUGCAAGAGAUUCGAAUAGAUUUACUGUAGACGUGUCAGUUCCAGCCACACAAAAAGCAACAUUUAAUUUAACAUACGAAGAACUUCUGUCCAGGAGGGUGGGCGUCUACAAUCACGUGCUCAACUUGAAUCCUGGGCAAAUUGUGAAAGAAAUGUCUGUAGAUGUGUUUAUUGAUGAAAACCGUCCGAUCACUACAUUACGUGUUCCUGAAUUGCGAUCUGGAAAUGAAGUUACUCCCGACGAAAGCGAUCCAAAUAAUUCUGUUGCCACAAUAAUGAGAGACGAAAAGGAUAAAACUAAGGCACAUAUAAGAUUUGCACCGACACCAGAUCAACAAGCCCGAUUAAUGAUGCAAUUAGUGGAGAAAGAAAAGAAAGAUGAUCAUCCUACAUUCAAUCCAUUCGUUGUUAAUACGGAAUCAUCAAAUGUAAAUUCGGGUCUUAAAGGGCAGUUUGUUGUUCAAUAUGAUGUUGAAAGAGAUCCCGCCGGUGGAGAAGUUCUAGUAUAUGAUGGCUAUUUCGUCCAUUUCUUUGCACCCGAUGAUCUGAAAUCAUUGCCAAAACAUGUGGUAUUUGUUUUGGACACUUCUGGAUCUAUGCACGGAAGAAAAAUAGAACAACUUAGAACUGCAAUGAGCGCCAUUCUAUCUGAUUUGAAACCAGAAGACUUCUUUCAUAUAAUCAACUUUAGUUUUGCUGCAAAGGUUUGGAAUCUUGAUGAUCCUAGCACUAGCCCAUCUUAUUCCAGUCCUAAUGUACAUUGGGAAAAUCCACCGCCGGCAGCUUAUCCAGCGAACGAAAAUUAUUUGUCCAAAGCAAAGGAAGAAGUUUCGAAACUUGAAGCUAAUGGAGGUACCAACAUAUAUGAUUCUUUGGAGAUUGCAAUGAGGGUUGCUAAUAGAGGUGGUUAUGAAGAACUAUUUGCAGAAAUUCUUAAUUUAUGCGGAGUACCUAAACCGGAACCUUUGAUUAUUUUCUUGACUGAUGGUGAUCCAACCGUUGGAGAAACUGAUCUUAACAAAAUUUAUACCAUGGUAGAUGAAAGCAAAGUCAGUGAUAAACCUCCUACUAUUUUUUCUCUGGCAUUUGGUGAUGAUGCAGAUAGAAACUUUUUGCGCAAAAUUUCUUUACGUAAUGGAGGAUUUCUGCGACAUAUUUAUGAAGCUGGUGACGCAUCUAGACAAUUGCAAAACUUUUACCGUGAAGUAUCCUCUCCUUUAUUAGCGGGUGUUAAUUUCCGAUACAUAGAUGAACAAUCACUGACGAGGCGGUCCUUCCCACAUUUAUUUAUGGGCUCUGAACUAGUGGUAGCCGGGCGCAUGCAAUCCGACGCUGUAGAAUUAGAACCAGAAGUGAAAGCUGUUGGAGCCUCCGGUUCGUGGUCAACUACGGGAAUUGUCAAGUCUCCGAUUGCACCAAUUCGAGUACAGCACAAACCCGCUCCGUUAGAAAGGCUUUGGGCAUAUUUGAUGAUCAAGCAAUUGCUGGACGAAAAGGAUUCGCAAAUCGAUAUUGAUUCAACUCAUAAAGUCGAUGAGGUGCCACAUGCCGAACCGAACGCUUUGCAACCAACUAAUACGAAAGAUACGGCCAAAGGACAGGCUUUGAAAACUUGCACUCAAG